UGAAGUUUUUCUUUGUGUGCUUCUCAUGUAUUAUUUUGCUGGGAGGCAUGACACCGGUCCAUGCAUUGGUUCAUAGGUUUGAAGUGAGAAGAUCAUCACACACUAGGCUAUGCACCACCAAAAGCAUGCUAACGGUGAACAGACAGUUCCCGGGACCAACUAUAUAUGCUCGAAGGGGAGAUGUGGUCUUAGUCGAUAUUAUUAAUCUCUCUGAUCAAAAUAUAACCAUCCAUUGGCAUGGAGUAAAAAUGCCGAGAUACCCAUGGUCAGAUGGCACCAACAUUGUGACGAUGUGUCCUAUCACUCCCGGCAACAAGUUUCGACAGAGAAUGAUUCUCUCUGACGAAGAAGGCACAAUAUUUUGGCACGCUCACAGUGACUGGUCUCGGGCUACUGUGUAUGGCGCCAUUGUCGUCCUUCCGCCCACCACGGAAAGUUAUCCUUUCCCCAAGCCUCAUGCUCAAAUUCCCAUCUUACUAGGAGAGUGGUGGAAUGCCGAUAUUCAAGAAGUCUAUCAUAACUUUAUUGCUGAGGGGCGCGAUCCCGCGACUUGUGAUGCUUUCCUCAUGAAUGGUCAACCUGGGGAUCUGUAUCCAUGUUCAGCACAAGAUACAUUCAGGUUGAAAGUCGAGCCAGGCAAGACCUACCUUUUCAAAUUGGUGAGUGCAAUGAUGAACUACAUCAUGUUCUUCAAGAUCGCCGGCCACAACGUCACCGUGGUAGGAACAGACGGUUCCUACACGAAGCCGUUGAACACCCACUACAUCGCGAUUGCCCCCGGCCAGACCAUCGAUUUCCUCGUCGAAACCAACCAGCCGCCGAGCCACUACUACAUGGCUUCCAGAGUACACACGGAAUCCGACCACGUCCCGGCAACCGGAAUCCUCGACAACAAGCUCCGAAGCUUAGCCGACGAUAAACACCCCAUUGAUGUCCCAAUCAACAUCACAGUAAACCUCUUCUUCGUCCUCUCCAUCAAUCUGUGGCCGUGUGGGACGAAUUCGUCGUGCUUGGAAGACGACAGGCUCCAGGCAAGUAUAAACAACUUCUCGAUGAUAAUGCCGCAAACAAGCAUUCUAGAAGCUUACUACAAAGGGAUAAGAGGGGUUUUCACGCCGGAUUUCCCAGAUCGACCGGAAAGAGUCUUCAAUUAUACACAAGUUAGUUUGGAGAAGAAUGAGUCGCAUCCGCAUUAUGCGACUGCUGUGUAUAUGUUGGAUUAUAACGCGACUGUUGAAAUCGUGUUUCAAGGAACUAUUCUCGGGAGUGGAAUCGAUCAUCCCAUCCAUUUACAUGGCUACAGCUUCUACGUCCUCGGCUCUGGAUUGGGGAACUUCGAUGGAGCCCGGGACCGCCCUAACUUGAACCUCGAUGAUCCGCCGUUUGUGGACACCACGGUCGUUCCGAAAAACGGAUGGACCAUUAUAAGAUUUAAGGCUAGCAAUCCAGGAGUUUGGUUCAUGCACUGCCAUUUCGAGCGUCAUCAAACUUGGGGUAUGAAGAUGGUGUUCAUCGUCAAAGAUGGUGGUCGCCCCAACGAGAAGAUGCUACCGCCACCGCCGGAUAUGCCGCAUUGUGAUACGCCUCCUCUAGAACUAUUAUUUAGGGUUUGAAUGUUUUUAUA